CCUUUUGCGGCCAUCGCCAAGGCACCAGCAGUCAAAAUGAAGUUCAGUCCCUUUGUGACUUCUGACCAGAACAAGAACCAUAAAAGGCAUGUCAAUGCGCCUUCCCACAUUCACAGAAAAGUUACGUCUUCUCCUCUUUCCAAAAAGGUGAGACAGAAGUACAAUGUUCGAUCCAUGCACAUCCAAAAGGAUCUUGAAGUUCAGGUUGUGGGAGGACAUCACAAAAGGCGGCAAAUUGUCAAAGUAGUCCAGGUUUACAGGAACAAACACGUCAUCUAUACUGAACGAGUGCAGCGGGAGAAAGCUAACGGUACAACUGUUCCUGUGAGCAUUCACCCCAGCAAGGCGGUUAUCACUAGACUAAAACUGGACAAAGACCGCAAAAAUACUCUUGAAUAUAAAGCCAAAUCUCACCAAGCGGGAAAGGAAAAGGGCAAAUACAAGGAAGAAACAACUGAGAAGAUGCAAGAAUAA